AUGUCCGGCCCAUCUCCAACCUCACUCCAACGUGCUGAGGAUGCAGCUGUCACCUUAGAAGGUGCUGGGCCACCCACUGUACCAGUGGCGGAGGUGGACGACCGCACUCCCCACUUGAUGCGCAUUGCUGCCCAGGGCAAGCUCAGGACAUACGUUGCCUUCGCGCUCAAGUUCCUCCAAGAGUCCCACAACCGGCCACUAGUGCUACAUACCUUACCCCUCUCAUCCAAACCUGCAUCUGGGCCACCACCAGAUGCUCAAUUACCCACCAUCGAACAACCAGUCCCUCCCUCCCAUACCACAUCAUCCCAACAUCCACUUGCGCCUUGUACUACCUGCAUACCCCGCCUAAUAGCCGUUGCCGAGAUUAUAAAACGCGAGUUUGUAGAACUUAUGGCUACCAGCCCUCAACCCGAGAGGAGGGGAUGGACAUUGAAGCAAUAUAACGAGCUAGGAUGUUUAGAGGAUCUAUCUACACAGACGGGUAGUGAAGAAGGGCGGGUUACGGCCAAUGAGGAUAGAGGUGGAGAACAAGGGCAGACAGGGCUGAGUCUUUUGGAGCUAUUGGAGGGGAAGCACCAUUUGCAGAUCAAGAGAACACCGUAUAUGAAGAUCACGCUGACGAAAGUUCCCCUCCCAUCCGAUGCAGUGGGGAAAGCAACAUAUCAAGAGCCCUUACCGAGCAAGAAGCGCUCCAAGUCUGCCAGAGCGAGGGAGAGGAAGAAACAGAAACGUGCGGCCGCUGCGCCAGAAACGAACAACGACCCAUGA